GCGGAUUCAAGGAUGCUGCCUGUUCGUCAAACUCGGGCGUUGUCUUAAUCCAACCAGUCCACCGGGGAUCAGUCAGAACAAGGAAAUUGUCGCCUUUUAUCUGCAGGGAUGAAAUAGUCGCUUUGAUCAGUUUCACCAGAGCGCUGGCGGUUUGCGCUUAUCAAGCUUCAAGGUCACUCUGCAUCGGCAAAUGGCCAAGCUCAUUAUCCAGCCGUGAGAAUCGCCGAUGUUUUGCCCAAAUUGGGACGUACUGCAUCUCUAAUCAGUGCCAGAGAAAGUAAUAAUUGACACCAUGUACAUCGCUGGUAUUCAUGUCCCUACUUCUGAUCUCGCUACCGAAGGCGUCGUUACUUCGUCGCUCUUUAUAUUUACCGUCGCAAUGAUUCGCAACGCACGAAAGAUGUGGGCGAUUGCUAACGCUAACGGAGGUCCGCUCAAAUCAGAUGCGACGACACUCGUGGGCAAACUCCUCACGCCCCUCCAUGGAUCCGCGUUCUUUUUGCCCGUAUUGACAUAUCUCAUCGCAAUACCAUUGAAUAAGGGAGUUCAGCCAGAAUUUAUUACACAUUGGGCUUUGCCGGAUUUCGGACUCCAGAAAGAGACCAUUAAUUUGAUACGGAUGUCGGCAUGCGCGAGUCUAGCUAUUUCUUAUAAGGCCGUUACCAAAAGUAUCAGUCUGUUAAGGCAUUCUUUCCAUGGCAUCGGUGUUAGGGAAAAGUCUCGAAUCGUCUCCACCGGCCUCUUCAGUGUAGUGCGACACCCUGCAUACGCGACUGCUUUAUUGGGCGAGUUUGGAGUUGUAGUAAUGUUUUGGAAUUACGCGCCACUGCUCUCCUUUGCUAUCUGUGCCGUCGUAUUUGUGAUGAAAAUCCCAAUUGAAGAAGAACUCCUGGAGUCAGACGCAAAUGUUGGUCCCGAAUAUGUAGCUUACAAGAAGAGAGUUCCAUACCGCCUCAUACCGGGGAUUUGGUAGGAGGGAGGUGCUGCUUUUACAGUGUUAACUAGGUCUUCAUCGAGACAUCUUAAUUAACAAUCAGCGCUUGAU